GUUUGGUCUUUGUGCGCGAUUAGGAAGGAUCUUGUUCGCUCGGAUAUAUCGUCGGCUAAUGGUAACAUCAUGUGCAAAGCUAAGCGCGUGAACGUGAUUUAAUACAUGUUAUUAUUUGUAUAUUGACGAAUCAGUAGCGACUUAUCGUAGACGCACCUCUCUCAUGUCUUCAAGAACAAGUCAUGUUGUAGCAGACCGUCUCAAUGGAAUUCAAGAAAAUGUUUGGGUAGAGCUGAUCGAACUUGCCAAGGAGGUGAAGCCAGUGAACUUAGGACAAGGUUUUCCUGAUUUUGCAGCUCCUGAGUUUAUUACAAAAGCCUUACGUGAUGCUUUGAAACAGCCAGAUAUUUUUCUUAAUCAGUACACUCGAAGUUAUGGCCACCCACGGUUAGUAAACGCCUUAAGUAAAUUGUAUUCAAAGCUGCUUUGUCGUGAACUGGACCCAUUAAAUGAAAUUUUAGUCACUAUUGGAGCUGAUGAAGCAAUCUAUUGCACUAUUAUGGCUUUAGUUAACCCUGGAGAUGAGGUCAUUAUUAUUGAACCAUUUUUUGAUAUUUAUGAACCAGUGACUAAAAUGGCUGGUGGGAUUCCUGUUUUUGUACCACUUCGACCAAAGAAGACUCAUGGUCCUAUAUCAAGUGCAGAUUGGGUGCUAGAUCCCAAAGAAUUGGCUUCAAAGUUUACAAACAAAACGAAAAUGAUCAUUGUCAACACUCCAAAUAACCCACUUGGAAAGGUAUUUACUCGAUCAGAGCUAGAGAUGAUAGCAGAACUCUGCAAGAAGCACAAUGUAAUCUGUGUCAUGGAUGAGGUUUAUGAAUGGUUGGUUUUCAAAGGGUCAGAACAUAUUCGCAUGGCUACCCUCCCUGGAAUGUGGGAACGAACACUAACUAUUGGAAGUGCUGGGAAAACAUUUAGUAUUACAGGUUGGAAGAUAGGUUGGCUGUAUGGGCCCCGGGAGCUAACAAAAUUUCCGCAGUUACUUCAUGAGAACUGUAUUUCUUCCUGUGCCACACCACUCCAGGAGGCUAUAGCAGUUGGGUUGGAAAUUGAAAAUGAACAUAUGGGAACUCCAGAGAGUUAUUGGCGAGACCUUGUGGACACAUUAGAACCCAAACGAGAUCGCAUGGCCAAAUUUUUAACCACUGUAGGAAUGGCACCUACUGUUCCAGAAGGAGGCUAUUUUAUGAUGGCUGAUGUCUCAGAAAUAGCCUCCAAGAUAGACCUUGAUGCAGAGACCGGAAUGAAGGAUUAUCGAUUUGUGAAGUGGUUAUGUAGAAAUAAGAAACUUCAAGGUAUACCAAUCAGUGCAUUUUAUUGCAAUGAACACAGAAAUUUAGGAGAAAAUUUUAUCCGUUUCUGUUUUUGUAAGGAGGAGACUACUCUUGAGAAAGCUGAGCAAAUCAUCAUGGACUUAAAAAAUUCCCUUUUAUGACCUGUCAAGUUUGUUGUGGGAUAAUAAUAUGGUAGAAAAACAGUUGAAUGGGGAAUCUGAACAUAUAAUCCUACUUAAGCUCAACUAACUGAGAAAGAAUAGUUACAAUUAUAAGCUUUAUUUUGGUAAAUAUUUUUCUUGUUAUUGACUGAUUGAAAGUUUAUUUUGUUUUGUAUAAGUUAGUUAUGAUUUGCCAGUUUUUUUUACCAUUAACCCUUUCUAUAUAUGGGCUUGGUCAUUUUGGCUAACCUUGCAACCAUCAUAUAACCUUGAAAUUUUACAUACUAUUACUUUGAAUGUAGUAAGUGUAUCUUCAUGAAAUUUGGUAAGCUUUUUAUAAACUUUACAAGCUUUUUGUACACCAAAAAUCAAAUUUUUUAACUAAGUGUUUUUGCUAAAGAUUUAUAGGUGAAUUUAUGGAGUCAGACCCUAACUGGUUUUAGUGCAAGGUGGCUCAUAGAACUGCUCUUAGUUUUUCUUCAAGUACAAACUUUUAGCUCUUAGCUCUGUCAUCUCUUAACCGAUUUGAGAUCUAAUUACAGUUUCGAACUCAGGAGGUCAAACCCUUUCGAUUGAUGUAUUUGUCCAUGCCCAAGGUCUCAUAGAUUAAUUUACUCUAAUCCUGCCUAAUAGAAUUGAAUUGGGUAUAAGCACACCCCAUGCUUGAUAUUGCUGGGGCACAAAAAUAUUGCUAAUAAAAAGGAAAAAAGAUCUAGAAUAAUUUACUCUAAUCCUGCCUAAAUGUUUGGCAGCUAUUGAGGAUUCCCUUUUGUUUCAUUGUACAGUUUUCUAAUUUCAUUUACAUAAUAACCUCUAGAAUCUUCUGAAUUAAUAUCAAUAGUUAGUUUUCAGUAAAACUGUAUUUUAUCUGUUAUUUUCUGUACUGUAGCACUGUAUACAGUCUGUCCAUUUGACUGACCUUUUAACCAUCAUAAAACAUGACAUAAAUUUAUAUUACCAUUUUUUCAUUCUAGAAUAACUGUACAUUGUUAAAGACAAUUUUUACAAGUUAAAUCUCCUUGUCAUUUAAAUUAUAUUAUAAUUAUAUACAAAAAUAUUAAAUAUUAUAUUAUAUACAAUUCCAUGUAUAUUAGUGCCAAAGUGAAUUAUUGCAGUGGUUAAGCUUUUUGUAAACACAGCAUGGACUUACCACCAGCGUGUUAUGGUUACAAGCCCUGCUCAUGCUAUUGAGUUUUUUUAAUUUAGAUUCUUUCAUUUAAUUUUUCUGAUUUUUACAUUUUAGUUAUUUUUAUAACAAUAAUAAAAAAUAUACAUACAAAAUAAGAAAUAAAGUAUAUAUAUUUAGGUCUUGUACUUUUGGACUCUUGAAGUCUUGAUGAAAAUCAAUCUUUUUCUUUUAGGGGUGUUGUUAGUACCUUACUUAAUUUUUAUAUAUCUUAAAUAAGCAAUUUAGAUGCAAAAUAUUAAUACACAACAAAGAAACAAUGUCUUAAAAUUAUUGUAAUUGAACUGACUUUCUAACUAAGCUAUAUGUUCAUUAGAAUAUUUUUCUUAUGUGGUUGAGAUGAGCUGGGUGAUAGCAAACUAUGACAUUAAUGCACAAUACCUCAAAAACCAAUCAUGAGAAUGAGCUAACCUCAUAAGGAAAGCAGUAAGUUAAAAUAUCUUCUUUCUAUUGGCUAUAAAUAAUCCAAUAGUAAAUGUCAGAGACAAUUAUUCACAUUUUUUAAAUACAGCAUGUACUAGGAAGGGUGUAGUAUGCGAGUUUCAGCCUAUAACUCAUUACAGCAACAAGAACAGGCAGUAUAAGUUUUCAAUUUAGCAUAGGAAUAUCUAAUGUAUAAGUGUGUAAGUUCUCAGAAACUUGGAAAGUAUCAUAGGGGUGUAAAAUUCUGAAAUGUAUAAUUUGUAGCAAAGAAAUGUCACAUGAUACAUUAAAGUGAAGAUUGAGAAUUUACUUGUAUAUUUCCUUUUGAAAUUAAGAAACUAAAAUUUGAAUUACAAACUACAUUAUAAUACCAAGUUUAUUGACAUAUAUUAAUAACAAAGUAAAUUGAUUAAAUUUUAAACAUGACUCUGUAAAAAAAAAUAGUCAUGACAGGCACUAUACUUUGACCAACCUGUAUCUAGAGGGUUAAUGGGUCAAAAAUAUAUUUUUUUAUGAAAUACUCCUUCGAUAAACUAUAUAUUUCAAAAUGUUGAAUUAAAGAAAAACAUAUUUGUAGUUUUUUUCAUGAAUAGUAUUGUUGCUUUUUAUUACAAAAAAUUGGAAUAAAAUUGGAGAAUAACAUCUUAUAACAAAUUUUUUUUUCAACUGUCUGACUAAGUGAAGGAAAGAAUAAAUUUUUUCAGUCACCUGGCUACUUAGUUUCCAAAAGUGGCUUAAUUUUAAACAUCAUACGAAACCUUCCCUGUCUCAAAGUUUGCAGUAUCUGGUUGUUUAACAUUAAUUAAGAGGACUGAAGAACAUUUUUCAGGAUUGUUUAGAAUAGUAAAUGAAAUAUGAAACAUGUAUUAGUAACAAGAAGAAAUUUGAUAGUUUUAACUUUACAGUUGGGUUUUAUUGUUAUUCAUUUACUUGUUUACCUGUUGUUUGGGUAUUUUGUUUAGUCAGAAUUUCAAAAAGUUAAAAGCUAAUGAUAGAAAAAUUAAUUAGGAAUAAUUUCUAAAAUUGUGAAAAAAUUUUAAUUAUUAGCAAUAAAUAUCUACCAGGUUACAUUGCAGGUCCUUACAUAUUAUUUUAUAAAUGAUUUUUUUUCUUGAUUGAAUGUAUUGAUGAUAUCUACACGUAUAAUAAAAUGU